CAAUUUUCAAUUGGUAAAGAUAAUGAAGGGUCAAAUUGCGAGUUGAGACAGAGAAGCACAAGUUAAAGCGGUCGGUUGAUCAAUAGCACUAGGGUCCAAACUGGAGAUUUAUUGGUGGGUGGGGUUGGUGGGGAUUCUUUAAGAGCCGGAGCGAACGGGUCAUCAAUCCAAGUUAGGCUUUGAACAGAUUAUAUCACAUGGACUAUAGAGAGAACUGGCCGAAAACCAGAGGAUUAACUUCGCCGUUGAGACUCCUCUCCAAUUCCUGCUCCGGUUCAUUCCCAGGAUAGCAGAGCAAGCGAAAGCGAUGACCGAAAGCCGAGCCCGUGAGAAGCCCAGGAUCCUGUGCCUCCACGGGUUCAGAACCAGCGCUAAGAUCCUCGAGACGCAGAUCCAUAAAUGGCCUGAAUCCGUCCUGGAGAAGCUGGAUCUGGUGUACCUCGAUGCCCCGUACCCGUCCACGGGCAGGUCCGGCGUGGAGGGCAUCUUCGAUCCUCCCUACUUCGAGUGGUUCCAAGCCAAUCAGGAUUUUACAGAGUACGAGAACUUUGAAGAGUGCAUCGCUUUCAUUGAAGAUUUCAUGGUGAAGAACGGUCCAUUUGAUGGUUUACUGGGAUUUUCCCAGGGAGCUAUUCUCGCUGCAGCAUUGCCAGGAAUGCAGGGAGAGGGAUUGGUACUCACCAAGGUGCCCAAAAUCCAGUUUCUGAUUCUAAUUUCCGGGGCUAAGCUCGGCGGAUCGAAAUUCAGCGCGCCUCCACUGGCAGCUAACGCUUUUUCCCCUCCUGUCAAGUGCCCUUCACUUCAUGUUAUAGGUGAGAACGAUUUCCAGAAGCCGGAGUCGAUCGCUCUGCUCGAUUCAUUUGUGGAUCCGAUCGUCAUCCAUCACCCGAAGGGCCACACAAUCCCCAGACUCGAUGAUCAAAGCCUCGAGAUUGUCAACAAUUUCAUUGAGAAGAUCCGGAAUCUCCCUACUACAUGAGUCAUUCUUUAUCGAAACUAGCUAAGUAGAUUACAACAAUUCUCGUUCGUGAUUUCACUCUCUUUUUUUAGCCUCUAGAGAGCUUGAAGGGUAAGGCAUGGAAAGUUCAUCUCUGAACAAUUUGCAUAUUUGUGUUGUACCUCCUUCUAUAGGCAAAAAAAUCUCCCAAGGAUGAGGUAACUUGUAAUUUCCCCAAAAUUUAGUACCGCUAAAGGCACAACGCAUUGCUAAA